AUGUCUAAGCCAGUCUUUGUUCUUCUCCAUGGGGCAUGGCACGGUCCACAAUGUUGGAGCACUCUUAUCUCCGAGCUUAACAAGGAGAACUACAGCGCCAUCGCACCAGCGUUACCUUCGAGUGGCUCUAGUCCGCCGACACCCAACUGGUCAGGGGAUGUAGAAAUCAUUAGGAAGACAGUAUCCGACCUCGUCCAGGAGUAUGAUGUCGUCGUCGUCGCACAUAGUUUCAGUGGCAUGACUGCAGGCACCGCCUUGGAAGGCCUUGAUAAACAAGCAACUACGUCGAAGGGGCUGAAAGGCGGUGUCGUAAGACUGAUCUACAUCACUGCAUUUCUGGUACCUGAGGGUUUUCAGCACUCUCCCCAUGGCACUCGCGAUAACAUGGCUCCCGAAAUGAAGACCGAUAUAGAUGCCGGUAUCAUCACUAUCCGUCCAGAGGAUGCCAAGGAUAUGUUUUAUCAGGAUAUUGACGAUGAAACUGUUGCCGAACUUGCCAAAGACUUACGUCCACAGAGUUUUGGAUCUUACUGGAGCACUACCACAUAUGCUGCCUGGCGACAUAUCCCAACCACCUACAUCCUGGGAACCGCAGAUCGGCCAAGUACUGUCGCUGCCGCGCAGUACCUCAUUGACACGGCCGUGGCAAGCGGAUCUCAUAAAGUCGAGAAAGUAAUUCGUGUUGAUGCCGGUCAUUCUCCAUUCAUAAGUAGGCCCGAGUGGACUGCCCGAACGCUUAUCAAGGAGGCAUCUGGGUAAUUCAAAGCCCUAACCUCGUAGUAAGGUUCAUAAGAGUUCUAUAUCAAGUCAAACUCAUGUCUAUUGUACUCAUGUAUCCAUGACAUAUGACAGACAUAGUACUUAAUUAUGAUAGCCC